CAUGGAUGUCUCCAAAAAAACAAAAAACUUGCAUCUGUCAUGCGUUACACCACUGUCGUAAAACGCCUCUGUCUGCUGUUGCAAUGGCGUUUGCUGCGACAGCACUUUCCGGCAGCAGGGAGAUCGAGGAGAAAGCAGCGACCAGCGUCGCCAGCGGAUCCGUCUUCACCUCUAAUAUCCUCUCAUUUAUGCCAUAUUCACGCAACUAACUCAUAUAUUGAUUGAAUACCCGCCUUCUCCUUGUCUAUGAGCUUGUGUUGAACAGUUUUCCCGGCGUGAAUCUCCUCCUUUUAAUGCGGUGGGAUGGCCACAGUGCCGCCUGGGCCUAGUAGCGCACUGCCUGCUGAAUCCUCCCCGGCGGAGAGUGCUCCUUUCCCCGGGGCUGCUGGAGACGCGGAGCCGGCGCGGGGAACCGGAGAGCCGGCCUGCUGCCACCACGGAGAGGACUGCGUACUGGGGAAAGCGUCGGAGCCGGUGAGCGAGCUGAAUAAGUCGGUUAAUAAGAAGCAGAAAGACAUGCUAGCGAGAGUUAGCCCGGCGGCGCUGCAUCUUAAAGUGCAAGCCCGAGAACAGCAGCAGCUCAACGGCUUGGCGAGCUCCGCAGAGGACGCUGAGAACCGGCCUGACAACCCUAGACAGUCGGUGGAGAACUGUGACAGCAGCAGCAGCAGCAGCGGCAGCAGCAGCGGCAGCAACGAGGAGGCUCACUGCCAACAUGAAGGCCACAGCGCUUUCUCCAAAAACGGCCGUCACUCUCCUCUGAACAUGAACGGGAUGCCGGGGUUCACACGAGCUGAGGCGGCCCAUCACCAUAGUUACAAUCCCCCAGGAGACGACGACGACGUGAAAGAGGAGUUUGACCACCUCACGGAGCCACCGGACACCGGGCCCGGUGAGGAGGAGGAGGACUCUCAGCCGCCGGCCGCGCAGCUCGCCCGGCUCGACCUGAGCGGCUCCUCUCCCGGUAAAGAGGAGGACAGCCACGGUAUCCGCUACGUCCGCUACGAGUCCGAGCUGCAGAUGCCGUGGAUCAUGAGACUGAUCACCAAGGACUUGUCUGAGCCUUAUUCAAUUUACACCUACAGGUACUUCAUCCACAACUGGCCGCAGCUCUGCUUUCUGGCCAUGGUGGAGCAGGAGUGUGUCGGAGCCAUUGUAUGUAAGCUCGACAUGCACAAGAAGAUGUUCCGUCGUGGCUACAUUGCCAUGCUGGCCGUGGACUCGAAACACAGAAGGAAAAGCAUCGGUACUAAUCUGGUGAAGAAGGCCAUCUAUGCCAUGGUGGAGGGUGACUGUGACGAGGUUGUUUUGGAGACUGAAAUCACCAACAAAUCAGCCCUGAAGCUGUACGAGAACUUGGGUUUUGUCAGAGACAAGCGGCUGUUCAGAUACUACCUGAACGGAGUGGACGCGCUGCGGCUCAAACUGUGGCUCCGCUAGAGGAAAGAAGAGGGGACGGGGGAAGACGGGACAGCGGGUGCUGUUCACCUCGUACGCUAUUGGCUUCACAGCCUCAGCUCUGCCCUGGUCAUUUCACUCUUAUAUACAUACUCACACACACACACACACACACACACAAACACACAAACAUAAGGAGUAUGCACAUAGGUAUGCAUAGACACGCAAACACACCCUCUUUUUGUCCUCGACCUCUGAACAACUGUUGUUUAGGCAGAAACGGACUGACAUCCCACCCGAUGUUCUCAUGAAGGGGCCCCUGAUACUUUCUGUGACGAGGAGGGGGGCGAGCGAGGGUGGUCUCUGGGAUGACCUUGACUGGGGACUAGAUGACCUUUUUUGACCUUCGAGCUUGGAUGCCGCAUCGAACCGGGGCGUGGAGGUGCGAGGCAGCUCAAAGUGAGGACGUGCGUCCGAAACCCCAGAGGACAUGGCACCACAGCAAAAUCCUCCUGCAGAACACGGGACAAAAACAGACUUAAAGAAAACAACAACACGUGAAACAAGGAAGCGGGGCGCUCAAAACAGACUGGGAAGAAAAUAUUUUUGUGUUUCUUUUUUAACCUUGUGAGUUGGACGGGGGACGGAAAAAGCUAUAGUAUGACUGUGUGUUUGUACUGCCUCAUGUUUUUUUUGAGUGUUUGGCUUAUUUUCGUGUGCAUGUGUACGUGGCGUGGUUGGAUACACUGUGAGCAAGCGAACGUGUGACUGUGUGAGGAAUUGUGCGUACUGUCGUUUUUGUUUCCCAUCCUGUCCGGUGGACGCAGCAGCAGCUGCUGUUUCCAUCACCUGCCUCAGCCUCCAGGACUGAAGCCUGUAAAGAUAUGCAUGCAUUUAUUUUUAAUGUGAGUGCGGGGAAAAGUGUGAAGAGUGUGUGUGUGUGUGCUGAUUAACCCAGUCUGAGGCUAACCCUCCGAACCCCUUCCUGUGUUUUGGUGUAAGCAUGUUGGUGCAGAGCAGUUGAUCGAAACAAAUCUCUCCAUUAGCACCCCAAACUGGUGGAUCUGCCGCCUUUUUUGCUUCACUGUCCUUCACCUUCACUAAAUCUCUCAUCAUCAAACCCUGACAGUAUGGGUGAGGAGUUCAAUUCUUCCUAUUUUUGCAGAUGUUUUCCCCGAAUGCACUGCCAGCCGCUGCAAAAUCCCCCAAAAAAGGAGAGUCUCUUAAAGAGACUCCUUGCCAAUGAUGGUGCGGUCAAAUGUGUCCUAGCCGUCUCAGUUUACUCCUUUUUAAGAUUAUUUCUCCUCAUUGCAAGUGCCACUCAAACCAUCAGCACUCUCAGCCGCGACUGCAGCUAAACGGGCGUCACGCGGCAGCCUCGGCCCGCUUCCGGUCCGCGCUCGUCGGCACCAGGCCGGAAGCGAAGUGUUACAAAUGCUGGAAUCCUGUUUGAGUAUGCUGUGUGUGUGUGUUUAUCUCUUGAUAAAAAAAGGAAAAUAGACAAGUAUUCUUAGCAGAUUAUAUUUUAUUCUUUUUUGUUCGCUUUGUUUAGAUUUGUCUAAUAUACACCUGUAUGCUGCUCGUAAGCGGCUGAGUCCACAAUGCACUUCCCAGGUGCCCUCCUAACUCGAUGCACAUCUAACCUCGCUAACAUUUUAAGAUCUCCAACGUGGAACGCGUCACAUAGAUGCACCAGGGCGUUCCAAUCCACACUAAUUAUGGCGAAAAAAGUUUUGCUUCAACUGCUUUUUCUUUUCUUUUUCUUUUUUAAAGUAAUAUGAACAAAGGUCAGAUGAACUUCUUUGGAAAUUGCUGCAGUGUGUAUGUGUACGUAUGAAUGUGUGUGUCAUGUUAUUUUGACAAUGGCGUGGAUCUGUUAGACUUUUAUUUCUCUACUUUCAGAGGCCCCGCACAGGAAAAUCAUAGCCUUUGAGGUGCUGUGUUUUGUUCCAGCCUAAUGAGGACAACAGAAAGGAACAAAUCACACACUUUUUUUUUUUUUUUGUUUUUAGCUUUCCAGGAUUUGAGUUAGUGCUCAAUGUGUUAGAACAGGCAGGAGACAGUUUGGUUGAUGGUUGAGGGGAGGAUAAACCCUAAAUUAGUUUUGAUCUCUCAAAUUGGAAAGCAACCUACAUCACAGGUUGUUUUUUAGGACUUUUUAAAGGACCAAUAUGUAAUAUAUUUACUGUAAUAAAUCAAAAAAUGACCAUGACAUUUCAUCAGAGAUUAAGGAAACAUGCUGAAUUCAAAUACUUGCUUCUCCGACAACAAUGCUACAGCCAAUAUGUUCUCCUUUUGAAAUCUCCAUUCUGGUCCUGGAACUUCCGUUUUUGCUUUGGCCGUUGUGAUCCCGUCCUAUGCCCAUUUCAACACCUCGUUGCCACAUAUGAAACAAAUUGGCAUGUAAACACAGCCUUCUGCACCCAUGGAACCUAGCAAAUCAAGCAAACCGAUCAUUAGAGAUAACUUUAGAUUUUACCGAUCUGAAAAGCCUCAGCACAUCUCUCUGUGAUUCGUGUGCAGCUGGGUUAUCAAGGCAGCAAGUAUUUGGGACACAUAGCUGGUAAAGUGAUCCCGACUACUGCUGGUGGCAAGGCUUGCCGCGGUAGUCGAUGUUACGCGGUGGUCGGGCCUACAUCGAUUACAUUGAUUAAUUUCCUCACUGUGACUUCCCUACUGGUGGCCAGAGGCUAACACCGUAAUGCUAACACAUGCUAACUGCUAUCACACUAGAGGAGUGGACGGGUCACAGAAUCCAAUGUUUUGAAUUUGGACUGCAGUACCCAUUUUAAAACGCUUGCUGUCAGUACUACAUAUUGCUCCUUUAAGUCAACUUAUGCAAUUGGACAUCCGCGUGCUUUUAUCCUGCCGACAAUAUCCAGAGUAGAAAGCACUGCACGACACUGCCACGUGGCACAAUCGGAGUAAAAUCUGCUACAAAAUACUGACUACACAAGUCUGCAAGCAAGCAUUCAUGGUAGUUUUAAUGAUUUAAGGACUGAUAAGCUCGUCUCCAUGAUUGACACUACAGUUCAUAUUUUGGGUUUAUUCCCCCUCUCAGCAGUCCAGCUGAGACAUUUCACCCCCGGAGCCCAGGACUGAAAGAGAGAGUAGAUGUUUACAGAGUUGCCACCCUCAUAACAGCCUGUGUAUGUGUGUGUAUAUGUGUGUAUGUAUGUAUGUAUGUAUGUAUGUUUGUGUGCGUUUGGAACAAUGGAUCAGAUGACCUAUUUUUCUCCCUUUUUUUUUCAGAUUUGUAUACGAGUGUUGUUCUAUUCCUCGGAUAUAUUGAGAGCAUGUUUCUUUGUGAAUCACCUGUUUGGAAGGGGGGCGGUUUGGGUUGAUUUAUCAGAUUGGAUUUUUAUUUUUGAAUUUCUGUGCUACUUUAGCCCAUCCAGAGGUGAGAUGAGAAUUACGAGCAAUUCAUAGUGGGCAUAACGAAAACGCUCUAGAACACCAACUAUUACUUUUACCGCUCAUCUGACACUUUAAAUUUCAAUCAUCAGCCCCGUGUAAACUCUUCCUGGUUUAUUUUGGAGGUUUCUGUCCCUGUGUUGGACACUUGUCCCCCCCACCCCCUCACUGUCCGGGCCUUUUCUUCUUUUAUACAGUGACUACUGACGGAUGAAAGGAAAGAAUAGGCAACACCUCACAGUUUGAACCUGUCUUUCAAAACCAGUUGUCAGUACGAGGAGGUGUUUCAGAUUUUUUGAAGGAAACGUGUCUGUUAUCUUCUUUUUUUUUUUUUGGUUUUACUCCUGUGAAACUCUGGCAGUUCCAUAUGGGCAUUACAGCCUGUCACACAGAGCCAAAGGGCUCCGUUUAGCUCAUGAUCACAGACUGAAGGGCUUCGUCAUCAAUAUCAAUUUGUAGCCAUGGCCUGUGGUGUUGCGUAGUUUUACCCGGCUCUCUCUGACAAUGCAUUUGGAAUACGUUUUGACUUGACAAUGCCAGUUCAGUGUUCACAGAUGUCGGAGGCAGUUUUUUUCUCUCCUCCUCCUCCUGGGCGUCCGCUGUGCUAUCCAGGUAUUCUAACAAUCAACAACCCCCGACUUCUCUGUCCUCACCUGGGGGCGACAUCUGCCAUCCUACAUUUAGUGUUAUAAUUAUAAAUUCCCCCUCAGAAACCAGUUUGCGGGUCAGAUGAACAACUUGGCUGUCAUGCUGCACCACAAAAAGCUGUGGUCCCCUUCAACCAACCAACCACAGGGGCUUCCUGGGGGCGGCUAGCUCCGCCUCCGCCGCUGCCACCGCCAUCCACCAAGUGUGCAAAAGGGGGAGAGCAAAAGGUGUUUUUUGCAUGUCAGAUUUCUGUUCCCCCUGUUCCUAUUCCCUGUCCCCUCUCUUGAUUUUGAUCUGGAAAUGUCCGAUAGCUUUUAUUUAAUGUGGAAAAAGAACACAGAAAUAAAUUAUUUGAUUUUUUUAAUGCUGUAAA